UUUUUGUUGUGCGUUUCUCCAUUAGCUCAAAAAUCAUGAUCAGACCACGUGAAGCCACCGUUGCGGACAUUCCCCAGAUCCGGGAUAUCAAUCACUAUUACAUUGUCAACACGUCGCUCACAUUCGCAACGACCCCGCCACCCAUUUUUGAAUAUGAAGACAGACUGAGGGAUCUGAAGAGACGAAGACUCCCGUUCCUGGUGCUAGCGUCGGACCAAAGGAAGACGCAUGAUGGUGCCGACCUCGUCCUCGGCUAUGCUUAUUUGUCACCGUUCCGCGGGCACUUGCUUGCAUAUGCGCCUACUGUGGAGCUUUCAAUCUUUAUGCAUCCUGACGAGAGGGAUCAUGGGCUUGGUACUAUCCUCUUGGAGGCAAUAAUGAAUAUGGUUCGUGACGGCCAGGUGGAGCACCGGUGUGAAGAACGAGUUGGUGAUAUUGGGAGUCUGGUACCUGGUGGCUCUAUUGGCGUAUCGACAGAUGCUCGAGUCCGGAAUGUCGUCGCUGUAGUGGCCAUUGAUCCUGAUACUUAUAUGAAUGGAGAGGGAUUGCGGUCUUGGUACACUCAGCGGGGUUUUGUCGAAAAGGGACGGCUUGAUAAAGUUGGCGAGAAGAAUGGGAAGUGGAUCGAUACUGUUUAUCUUCAGUAUACAGCUCCUAAGCCUAUGCCUACAGAGUUUGAACAAAGUGUGGCCAGAUUGCAAUCGUGGCAUUGAUUAUGUCUGUGAUGAGAAUUUAGCUAGGUACAUAUUCAGCUCAGUG